CAUACGUACAUUUCCAUCGUUCCACGGUUCUGAUUGAUGUUUGUGCAGCACCAACACCAUACCUGCUGGGAGUCCAGAAGAGCCUGCUGGACCUGCUGACGGACCGCAGCGACCUGAUGAUUGUGGAUCUGUCGCCCGGAGCAGAAACUAAAUUCAUCACAAGAAUUGGAGACGAGGAGUUUCUCCUUCCUGCUAAACUGAAGGAGGAGCUGCUGUCCCGUCUGUCCGCGCGCACACACCACGCCUCGACGGAGGAGCUCAACCGGCUGGUGUCAGAGGCCUUCCUGUUCCUCUUCAUCAGGAGCGUGGGUCACUUCUCACAGCACUUCAAGAGGAGCGGGAACUCACGCCAGUUCCAGAAGAAGAGCUUCCUGAAGGCCGUGGAACACAAGUCACACCUGAGCUUCGUCAAGCUCUUCAUCCAGACGCAGAUGUUCGAUCUGUUCAUUCAGGAAGAGGAAACACAGGCCCACCCUAACGCGUUCUUCCACAGGAAGGUGUCCGAGUAUCAGGAGAGGAAGAGGAGUGAGAAGAUGAAGGCCGGCUGGGUGCGAGGAGUCGUGGUGUAAGAGCGAGUGUCUUCAGUGUUACGCCCUCUCAAACUUUCCAACAGACACUUCAGACCUGCGGUCAAUAUUUAAUGCUGUUUAUUUGUAUUUUAACAAUCAGCAAAGUGAGCCAAUAAACUUGUUUUACUGUUGUUAUAUAUGUAUACAGUGUUUUUAUAUUUUUCAUUUUUGUUAGUGAUGAGUCGCAUCGAUGUACUCGUCAUAAUCAGUACAAUAAACAUUUAAUUUAAA